GACAUCCUUGGCUGUGCGUUGAGCGCUCCUCUCACCUCAUACAAGACCAUUUAUGCCCUGCCAAUGCUCACCAUUAAGGAAGACAAAGGAACUGGAGUCGUCACCAGUGUGCCGUCAGAUGCACCGGAUGAUAUUGCAGCUCUAAGGGACAUUAAAAAGAAACAGGCAUUGAGAGAGAAGUAUGGAAUCCAAGAUUUUAUGGUGCUACCAUUUGAGCCGGUUCCCAUCAUUGAAAUUCCAGGGUAUGGGAAUCUGUCAGCUCCACUGGUGUGCGAUGAACUGAAGAUCCAAAGCCAGAAUGACAGAGAGAAACUGGCCGAGGCUAAGGAGAAGGUCUACCUCAAGGGUUUUUACGAAGGGAUCAUGUUGGUGGAAGGUUUCAAAGGACAGAAGGUCCAGGAUGUGAAGAAGCCCAUUCAGAAAAUGAUGGUGGAAAAGGGUGAAGCACUGAUUUACAUGGAGCCUGAGAAGCAGGUGUUAUCUCGGUCUGCAGACGAGUGUGUUGUGGCUUUGUGUGACCAGUGGUAUCUGGAUUAUGGCAAUGAGGAAUGGAAAAAGCAGGCUCACGGUGUCCUGGAGCAUCUGGAGACGUUCUGUGAUGAAACCAGAAAGAACUUUGAAGCAACGUUAGCUUGGCUUCAGGAGCACGCCUGUUCCAGAACGUAUGGAUUAGGAACCCGGUUGCCAUGGAAUGAACAAUGGCUCAUUGAGUCCCUGUCCGACUCCACCAUCUAUAUGGCCUACUACACCGUGGCACAUCUCCUCCAGGGAGGGGUCCUCAGUGGACAAGGACCUUCGCCACUGGGAAUCAGACCCCAGCAGAUGACGAGGGAGGUGUGGGAUUACAUCUUCUUCAAAACAUCACCUUUCCCAAAGACGGACAUCCCGAAGGAGCAUCUGCUGAAGCUCAGACGGGAGUUUGAGUUCUGGUACCCUGUAGACGUCAGAGUAUCGGGAAAAGAUCUGGUGCCAAACCAUCUCUCCUAUUAUCUCUACAAUCAUGUAGCCAUGUGGCCCAAUGACAGUGGAAAAUGGCCGCAAGCUGUACGUGCCAAUGGUCAUCUUUUGCUAAACUCUGAAAAGAUGUCCAAAUCCACUGGCAACUUUCUCACUUUGAGUCAAGCCAUUGCCAAGUUUUCAGCAGAUGGUAUGCGUUUGGCUUUGGCUGAUGCGGGAGACACUGUGGAGGAUGCUAACUUUGUUGAGGCUAUGGCGGAUGCGGGAAUACUGCGUCUCUUUACUUGGGUGGAAUGGGUGAAGGAGAUGAUCGCUAAUCAGGACAACCUAAGGACCGGACCUGCAGACACAUUUAAUGACAGAGUGUUUAUAAGUGAAAUGAACUCCGGCAUCAUUAAAACAGAUCAGCACUAUGAGAGAAUGAUGUACAAGGAGGCAUUGAAGAGUGGCUUCUUUGAAUUCCAGGCUGCCAAGGAUAAAUACAGGGAGCUGGCCAUCGAGGGCAUGCACAAAGAUCUCGUGUUUCAGUUUAUCGAGAACCAAACACUCCUGCUGGCUCCCAUCUGCCCACAUCUGUGUGAACACACCUGGUCCCUGUUGGGAAAGAGCAGUACUGUAAUGAAGGCUCAAUGGCCUACAGCUGGUCCAGUGGACGAGAUCUUGAUUCGAUCUUCACAGUAUCUGAUGGACACUGCCCAUGACCUCCGCCUUCGCCUGAAAGCCUACACACAGCCAGCCAAGGGCAAGAAGGGGGACAACAAACCACCAGCUAAGCCCACGCACUGCACCAUCUAUGUUGCAAAGACCUACCCACCCUGGCAGCACAGCGCCCUCUCUCUGCUUGGCAAACAUUACAAGAGCAACAAUGGAGCUUUACCUGACAAUAAGGUUAUCGCCAUGGAGCUCGGAGCCAUGCCUGAGCUGAAGAAAUACAUGAAGAGAGUCAUGCCAUUUGUGGCUAUGAUAAAGGACAACCUAGAGAAAAACGGGCCCAGGGUUCUUGACCUAGAACUGGAGUUCGAUGAGCGUGCUGUUCUGCUGGAAAACAUUGUUUAUCUGACUAACUCACUUGAGUUGGAUCAGAUAGACGUUGUGUUUGCCUCUGAAGCGGAUGAGAAAGUAAAGGAGGACUGUUGCCCUGGGAAACCGUUCUGUGUCUUCAGAUCUGAGCCUGGAGUGAUAAUCUCACUGGUGAACCCUCAGCCAUCCAACGGUCUGUUCUCCACCAAGAUAGACAUCCGACAGGGAGACAGCAAAGACAGCAUCAUUCGCAGACUGUCCCGAGUCAACAGAGGCAUCAAGGAUUUGUCCAAAGUGAAGCUGAUGCGUUAUGAGGAUCCUGUUCUCGGACCACGGAGAAUCCCAGUUUUGGGGAAGGAAGAAGAAGGCAAACUUCCAGUCUCGAACAGUUCAGUCUUCCACAUCAGCUUGCAAGAAAGCAAAGUUCAUAUGAGCGACAACGGCCUGAAAGUGGACAUUGGAGAUACGUUAAUCUACCUGGUUUAGUAGCAUCUGAGACUGUUGUUUGUUCCUUCUUUCCUUCCUUUCUUCUUUUCUUUUUUUUUUUGUCUUGGGGUAUUACUUCAAACAAUAGUGUUAAUACUGCCGAGUCACUAGUUCAUUCAACCGUUAUCUAGCAUUUAUUCUUGUCUCAGCAUUUGGUAACUACUUUAUUUAAGGUUCUCCAGUGUCUGCAUAAAAAAAUCGUGUAUUCACAUCCAUUUCUAGACUUUCAGAAAUAAAGGUACAAAAGCUGUCAGGUUUGUACUUAGAGGUUCCAUAUUGGUACCCUAAAGUGUACAUAUUUAUACCUAUACAUGACACAAUGUACCUUUUGAUAAAGGUUGACAAUUGUUGUACCUUUAUUUUUGAAAUGUAUUGUUUUAAGUAAUCGAAGACUGACAGGAAAUGUGAAUUCAAUCAAUACUCAUUCAGGCUUAUGACUUGAUAUGGACAUAUGCUGCUGUUGUUGCGUUUUUGCAGAUGAGGUGUUUUCAUAAUGUUUAUGCUACCUGUUGGAUAUUACUGAAUUUUUAACAUCCGUCCUGAAUUAACAAUUGUUUUUGCAUGUGGGAGUCGUUCAUCAGAAAAGACAUGAUCAGGUCAAUAGAUUGCGUAUUAAUUGGCUGUAUUUUUGUCGGAGAGCCUCAAUAAGACAUCCAUUUCUUUUCCUUCUUCCCCUCUCAGAUUAAAUGUAUUUAGUGAACACAAUAAAUAUAUUCAAAUAAAAUUUA